UUUUACUCCGUACAUUAUCUUGAUUCACUUAUCGCCGGUUGCCAGUGUUGGUAGGUAGUACGGUGAAUACGUUAUAGUCGCAGUUCGAAAGCCGCCACCAGUGGUCGUCGCAGUCGGUGCAGAGUUUCGGUGUACAACGAGACUGCAAUUGUUUAUUGUUUGUGUAUGUGUAGUGUAACGGUGAAGCACUAGCGGGACGAGUUUGAACUUUGAGAACAAUGCCUCGCCUCGAGCAAACUCCCCCGGAGGAUUUCCGCCGGGUCUUGCGCGAGAAAGCCUUGAGCCACAGCUUGUUCUACCUUAAGCUCGGCGCAGGAGUGCCCCCGGGGCAAGCGCGGGAGGCUUCGCCGCAGUUAUCGCGGCGAGCGAGCGACAGUACUGGCAUGCGCGCGCCUCAGACCGCGCGCGUCUCCCGACACGCGCAACCGCGCGUCUCUGAACUGCUCCGAAAGUUCGAGCCGGGCCCGAUGCAGUAUCUACGCAUCCCCCGCGCCUCCAGCCCUCUGGAAGACAUCAGCUCUUCCGACGACGAUGACCGGGCCGCGGUCAGACGUCGCAGCCGGGAUCUAAGCGACGACUCCGCCGUGGAACUGGAACCGAGGAGACGCCAUUCGCACCCUCGCGACAUAACCCCACCGCCUGACGUGAUGUCGCCAAGACGAGAAAGGACUCUAAUAGAAGCCCAUGUGGUGGAGUUAGGUAGAAGGGGCAGCGAAGGGUGCGAGACAAGGGGCAGAUGUGUGCGGACGCCCAGCGUGGUCGUCAGUGACUACUCCGAUGGUAUAGCUGUUGGUGCAACUGAGGAAGAGGUGGACUGGCUGAGGUCGAGGUCUUUGUCGGCGGACUCGGCAUGUUCGUCGUGUUCGACGCUGUCCAGUCGCGACGACGAGGAGUUCGAGUCUCCAACACUGCCAAAGAAGGUGUUAAACGCUGAUUGAGGGCGUUGACUCUUGAGCGAUCUGCGGCGGGACCCUGGACUCAGCUUCUGGAACACUGGACGUCACUUCUUUUAGAACUCUUAGGUUCUGUGCUGAAACGGACUAUCCUAGGACGGCCUUAAUGCAUGCAGCUCUUAUAUUACCAUGUAUUAUGGCUAUGAAUAAAUACGGCUUUACUCAUGUAUAUAUAAGUCGGUGUUUAUUUAUAAUUAGCUAAUUAUUUCUAUUCGUAUUUAUUCAUAACUAGCUGACCUACCUGCAACUAUGACUCUACUACUGCGUAGUUACUAAGUAUUUUCAGUUUCCCGGGAUAUAAAGCCAGAUUACUACUUGUAAAGUCAUGUCGGUAAAAGUCGCGUCUCUUUGUUAACUUACCCGAUUUUUUUUUAACACGGCAAUUUUUGUAUUUCCUGUGCCGUGCUUCUCAUACAUAAACAGCAGUGGCGUGCACUCGGUUUCUUACCAGGGUAUGCAUACAGCAGGAAAAGUGCAUAAAACGACAAAAAUUCUCCUCUUAUAUCAGUUAUAUAUAAAUUUUUGGGUAGGCAGAGCUUUUGUGUUUGUAUGAAGUGCACGCCACUGAUAAUCAGUUACCUUUUCUAUGUGCAAUCUCUAAACAAAGUAAUAUAAGCAGCUAUAUUUAGUUUUUAAUAGUAUUCAUUUGACUAUUCUAGAUUUGGUAUCAUAAUAUAUUAUUAAGUGAUAUAUAAAAUAUUGUUUAUGAUUUGAUAUUAUACUUUAUUCGAUAUUUGAAAUGAAGACUAAUAUAAUGUUUUAUAAUAUUGUUAAGAAACUUUUUCUUAAUCUUACUUUUGCGAAAUUGUUUUAACAAUGAAUCUAUUAAAAUUUCGGAUAAAAUUCUACUGAAAAUUCUUCUUAAGAACUAUUCUCAGUAGAUUUAAAAUUAUUUCAUGUGAUUCUUGUUACUUUAUUGGGUAGUGUAGGGGAAUAAAAAAAAUAACACACCAUGUUAUAAUGCUAUAAAUAGUAGGUAUGUUAGUUAAAUCAUUAUGGAUAUGAGGAAUACGUUAAUCAAUUCCAUUUCAGAUUGCAUUUCUCAUAUUAAUUGGUAUUAUAAUUACCUAUUUACUUUGUUUAUGAAUUUUAAAAAGCUAAUGAUUGACGCCAUUCUGCUUUAUGCAAAAAAGUUAUAAAUAUUAAAUACGUAAUGGCAGUAACGUGCAUAAAGUGUAUCUACAGGGUACGCAGAUGAUAUAAAAUAAAGAAAAUCUCCAGUACGAGUUAUAAAAAGAAUAGGCAUUGUAAGAGUUAUAAAAAGUCUUGCCGUUUUUAUAACUUUUCUUACUUUUUAAAAGAUUUUCUUCAUUUAAUAUCACAUGCAUACCCUGUGCAUACCAUACCAUCUAUGCACACCACUGCGUAAUGGAUAAAUGCUACUACUGAGUUCAAAAGAUAGGUUUAUUAUAAGUAAGGGAAUAAUCCUUAUAAAUAAGUCAAUAAUAGAUGUAUUCGUAAAUAAAAUAAAAAUUGCCGC